UUGUUCCGAGAGCGACUUGUUUUAUCUUUGGUCGGAAGUUACAAACGGUUGUAUCUACAUGCGAGCUGGCUCGAGAUGCGAUUACCACUGGGGCCAGCGUGCUCCAGUCACGGAUGGUACAUAUUGAAUACAUAAGUCAGUAGGGACUUGCGUCGAAACAGGUCUACAGUCCGAAAACCUCUUCAUGGAUCUCCAGACCCCCGACCUGAUCUCGCCGGAGAGGUUCGAUUUGAGAGAUGGCUUCGGAAACGCUAUCAGCAAGACUGCACGGCCCGCAGACAGCAACAAGCAUCCCGGAGAGAGGCUGAUCAUCCUUGCUCCCUGCCCCUAGCUUGACUGUGCGCCCGAUGCUGUUCUCCAGCAUGGUCACAAGACGCGGCCGACCGGGACUGAGGGAGAGAUUCGUGGUCGGGAACGCAGAUUCCGCGAACGGGAAUUUGCCGACGGGCGCACGCGUAUAGAAGACAGAUAUGCGCAGGCGGGUGAACACAGAUUGAUCAAUCAUGGCAUUGAAUUGUUGGUAUAGCGGAAGCAGCGUGGUCGGAUCCUGAACGACCCAGAUGAGUUCAAUGAGCCGAACGCGUGAUUGCCCGUGAAGAUCCUUCUGAAUCAAGUCUUGGAUCCCCGACAAUGCGAAGGAGAUGCCCGAUCCCCCGGCGACGAAGAUGGUCGAUGAGUAGCUGUUCCACAUGGCAUGGCCAGGGCCACCAUACGGCCCUUCAACGAUGACAGAAACAUUGCGGCCGAUCCCUGCCUCGAGAUAGCCACCGCUUUUGGCAAAGUCGAACAAGCGCGUCGUCCAUUUUCCGCUUUUCUUGAUCAUCAGGACCAGCCCCUCAUUCGUGCCGGCGACGCCAGCAAUAGUGAACGGAUGGCUUUCGGUCCAGCCUGUGAUGCCCAUCGAGCUGCUCAAAACCCGGAGUCGCACAUGCUGUCCAGGACGCCAUCCAGCUGUCGCCUGAGGAACCUCGACACGUGUCACGCCCAUGUCAGUCAGCGGCCGGAGGAUGGCGUUAUACAUCCGGGUCUUGACGAGGCGAAGCACGUGAUCGAGUGCAUAGAAUCCAAGCGCAAUCAGAAUGUAGGCGUGGAGCGCGGCAUAAUGGAACCAGAGCAUCGGGAAUAGGACCGCGAAGCAGAUGACGUGGGUGGAGAGGAAGAAGCGAUAGUAUUUGGAGCGGAAGAACGACGUCGAGAAGACGUACAUCACGUUCACCGCGACCAGGCCAGCCGUCCCAUACGUGAAUGAAGGAAUCUUGAUUUUCGCCUGGAAAUCGCCCGCCUGCGCCCAAACAAAGAUGUGGCCCAGUCCAUGGGCGUUACAACCCAGGACGAAAAGCCGGGCAGCAAAUCGGUGGAAGAAGUUGAGCUGUUUGAACGGACGACGAACGAUGUCAACCAGCUGUCUCAACUACCUCACGCGAAACAACGCACCCUCUCGUAGCUCGUCCCCAACAACAUCGCUAGGACGUUGUUCUUGGAAGCAAAAAGUAUGACCAGCGGCAAUUGGGAGAUAGCAAUCCAUCCAGCGCGUUCGAGGUCAACAAAUGGGCCAGCCGUGGCAACCGAUAACGGAUAAACCAGGAUAGAAGUGUACAGUAACAAUACAACAACCCGAGCCACAGUGAAGCCAGGGGAUAUACGGAUGCUCAACGGAGCAGUGAGGGGUCGUAAAAGUGCAGGGACAUUGGGGACAUGAGGGGGGUACUCGACACGGAUCGGCGCGCCGUCGGCAUCAACACGCCUCGCAUGCCUCGAGCGCAUGACUGCGCUGUGAGAGAGUUCCGAAUCCAGCUCCUUGGGCGACACGAUAGCACCGCGCGACGACAUCACGACCUUGGGGGAGGGUUUCGGUUGUACAUAGUGGAGCCAGUGUCCCGUUGACCAUUCAGAGUAGCGCCAGAAUCGAGCAGCAGCACGGGGCAACCGAUACAGCAAGACAGUCGCCGCAACGGCCAUGAGAAAGAUGUCGACAUGGUAGACGAAGCCUGAAGCAUUGGUUGAAAAGGAUGCGGCGGCGACGGCGCUAGCUGGAGCGGCGAGGGUGGAGUUGACCAUUGGAUCGGAGAAAUGACAGGCGUUGGCUGGGAUACAAAAGAGCGAGGCGCCAGAGCUGGACGGUCAAUCGCACGUCCUCGAGUAAAAAACGUGGAGGAGGAACGGAUCAAGCUCAACGAAAUCCUGAACCUCGAGGCACUCCUCUUUCCUUUUGAGGUUUAGCUCCAAUCUGGAAUGGGGCCGGUUGCUACUUAGACAGUGCUUCCGCUCCUGGCGCUUUAUGUAUGCCCGGUUCACUGAAACCGAGGCCUUACGGCUCCUGACCGUCCCAGCGUUUUGUAACUAUCCCAACCGCACGCCUCGGCUUCUUCCGACCCAGCCCUUCAUUGUACCUGUAGGUCACAUUAUUCCCCCCUCGAUUUGGUUCCGGAAGGCUGCUUCCGAGGCCAAUUCUCCGCCACUGUGCAGUCUCACGCCACGAACCGACGUUCCUCCGAGGCGCUCGAAGCAAUCUGCAGCUCCCAGCAAGUUGUCGGUCUCUCUUUCUGUGUCUCCUGUCGCUCGUUGACGCGCACACAAGACCUGUUUGCUUGCUAUGCUUUUGCCUAUCCGCGCCCCGCAAAUUUAUGUGGUGAAGCUCGUUCUGGAACAUUCACCCGGUUCAAGAACCUCGCAACCCCACUUUUUGAUCUCUUAUUUCCGUCCACUCGUGAACUAUCUCGUACGAACUGCGUGAUGUCUAAAAACGUCCCCUGGACGACUAAGCACAGACGGUCCCGCUUUUAAAAACGGAAGCUGAGGACACUGUACUCUGAUCGUUUGUUCUCUUUCUCUUUCUUUCCGUUCUGCCGCUUGAACCUUCGACACGGAGAUGAAUUUGACCCAAACCGCAGGCGGAGCUGCAGCUGUUCAUCCGUUGGACGUGGGGAUGCUGGUAUUCCAUGUCACCAUCGUCCUGUCUGUUCUUAUCGUGCUGGUCGCACUGUUCCGUCUUCCCCGUGCCUUCGCUCGUUUCUGGCGCGCUUCUGAAUGGACGCAGGGCCAUUUCCUUGGCUAUUCCGCUUCUAGAAAGGGCGGCCCAGUCGUCUUUCCCGGUGUUCCGGACGAAGUUUACGCUGGUGGAAGCGCCAAGGACGACCAAGCCUUCCAGUACCUUGCGCGCUCUGGCCCGCAGUUCGACACUCCCCCUCCUCACAUCCCAGGAACGCCAUUCUUUCUCCGCAGUGUCGUCUCAGUGCUGCAUUCUCGCGUCAUCUCCGGCUUUUCAAUUGGGCAGCUCAUCGUUUGCGCAUGCUGGCUGGAUGUCGUGCUCUACGCUGCCAUCUAUAGGUCAACGGGGCCGUUUACCGACUUUGGUCGAUACGGGCUCAUCGCCACCGCCCAGCUGCCGUUUGUUUUCGUCUUCGCUGCGAAGAACAACAUCGCCGGCGUUCUGCUUGGCGUUGGCUAUGAGAAACUCAACUUUCUCCACCGCCAUGUCGCCAGAAUAGCGAUCGUGGCCGCCAACAUCCACAGUUUCGGAUAUGUCUACAAGUGGUGCCUCGCCGCCACUUUCCAAGAACACAUCAUGGAACCCCAGAAUGCAUCUGGUCUUCUCAUGCUCAUUGCUUUCAACGUUCUUCUUCUCGCGAGCUCUCCGUUCGUCCGGAAUCGCGCGUACAAUUUCUUUUUCUGGGUGCAUACUCUGUUCGUCCCAGCAUGCAUGGCGGCGGGCUGGGCCCACUAUCCUCCACUGCGACCCUAUCUCAUCUGUGCCUCUGCUGUCUACGGGUUCGAUAAACUUCUCCGCAUCGCGAAGACGCGUAUCAGCACAGCUACCAUCCAAGCCCUGCCCGGGCUCAAUGCGACCCGAGUGGAACUGCCGUACAUCAACAAAGGCUGGCGGGCCGGCCAACAUGUACGAGUCCGGGUUCUCUCUUCCUCGAUGGGCAUCAUGGGCUGGUCUGAAAUCCACCCAUUCACGAUCGCCAGCUCGUCUCGUAGUGGGAACGGUCUCGUGCUCGUCUGCAAGCAGGCGGGUACGUGGACGAACAAACUAUACAGAGCGGCAGCGGCGGACAAUCACGUCGGCGAGGCUUGCCUGUCGCGCCACGUGAAAAUGAUCGUUGAGGGACCCUACGGCGGGCCGGGGUUCAUGAUGAUGCACAGUUUCUCCGCCGCUUUGUUUGUCGUCGGGGGCAGCGGCAUCACUUUCGCCCUAGGGGCUGUCCAAGACCUCAUCGAGCAGGACUCGUGCGG